GUGAAUCAAUGACGGUGAAGCACGGGUUCCGCCUUCGGAGCGUGUUGUUAUUGUGCUUCUGGUCAGGCGGCAGGAGAGCAGCCUUUCAAGAUGAUGGAGCAUUCAGCGUCAGACUCAGAAACUGAAGAUCAUGUCCAGCCUUUACUACGCCGUAAAAACACCGGAGACCUCCAGAAAGCUCCUGCUUGCUGCUCCUCACGAUACGGGUUGGCCUUCUUGUCCUGUUAUGGCUUCUUUGUGGCGUAUGCCCUCAGGGUGAACCUUAGUGUGGCAAUGGUGGACAUGCUAAAAAACGGUUCCAGUGCCAACAACAGUUCCUCCAUCUGCCCUCACCACAGGAUCCCUGUGCCCAAACACAAUCACACUGCCAGUGUGUAUGACUGGGAUUCAGAAACUCAGGGAUGGAUCCUGGGCUCUUUUUUCUAUGGGUAUAUACUUACUCAGAUACCAGGUGGCUACUUUGCACGCAAGUAUGGUGCCAAGUGGCUCUUUGGUAUUGGCAUCCUCUGCACUGUGAUCUUCACCCUGCUGACUCCAGUAGCCGCUGAUCUGGGAGCUGGUUACCUCAUCGCUGUUAGGGUCUUGGAAGGCAUUGGGGAGGGAGUGUCAUUUCCUGCUAUGCAUGCGAUGUGGGCAUCAUGGGCACCCCCUCUGGAGAGAAGUCGACUGCUCACCAUCUCUUACACAGGUGCUCAGCUGGGAACUGUAGUGGCUCUUCCUUUGUCUGGCCAGAUAUGUUUUUACCUAGACUGGACGUACGUCUUUUAUAUAUUUGGAGCUGUUGGACUUCUUUGGUUUUUCCUUUGGACUUGCUUUGUCAGUAACAGUCCCAGCGCACACAAAAGGAUAACGGAGGCUGAGAAGACUUACAUAAUGGCAUCUUUAAAAAAUGAACUGUCCCCAACUACAGAUUACAUCCCAUGGAUAUCAAUCCUUAAAUCUAUGCCAUUAUGGGCCAUAGUUGUGGCACACUUCUCUUACAACUGGACAUUUUACACUCUGCUGACUCUCUUACCCACCUACAUGAAUGAUGUACUCGGAUUCAGCAUCCAGCAGAAUGGAAUGCUCUCAGCUCUGCCCUACCUUGGUUGUUGGUUGCUGGCUUUGCUGGGUGGACAGCUGGCAGACCUCCUGAGAGAGAGAUAUCUUAUCCACACUGUAGUUGUGCGUAAGGCAUUCACUAUAGUAGGAAUGGUGGGACCAGCCAUCUUCCUGGUGGCUGCUGGCUACACUGGAUGCAACUAUGUCUUGGCUGUAGCCUGCCUCUCCAUCUCCUCCUCUCUAGGGGGCAUUUCGGCCUCUGGAUUUAACAUCAACCAUUUGGACAUUGCUCCCUCAUAUGCUGGGAUAUUGCUUGGGAUCACCAACUCAUUUGCCACCAUACCUGGCAUGGUGGGCCCUGUAAUAGCAAGAUCUUUGACCAAAUCUAACACCAUUCCAGAGUGGCAAAUUGUCUUCUACAUCUCCGCAGCGAUCAAUGUAUUUGGAGCUGUUUUCUUCACAAUAUUUGGCAAGGGCACAGUCCAGCCUUGGGCUGUCCAGAGCGUACACAUCCAGUGAAACAUCUA